AUGCUGCCCCUGGCGAGCGCUGGACUACUGCCGAUCCGGUUAAAGCUGGCGCGAUAUCUGAUCCUCUUGACCCUCACUAGGAGCUUUGAUAACGCCAGCAGUAUUAGCCGCCCGUCGAUGACCAUGUCGAAGUUAAUCGCUACGAGCUUCGACAAGGCCGGCCGGCGGAUCAAGCGGGAUGCCGAUGUAUGUGCGGGUGGGCUCGUUUCUGCUUCGUUCACCUCGUCUAAGCUGCCAAGCCGGCUACUGAAUGGCAGAGAUGGACGCCCCUGGUCUAAGCAGAGCGAUACUAACCAGCAUCAGCAAGCAUCAGCACCGUCUUUCAGCUGCCAUCCCGCCCUCCGUGCCGUCCGAAAGAAGCAUGUCGGUGACUAUUGCCUCUGCCUAGAAAGCAAUAUUGCGACCUGUGCCUGUCCAGGUGCUGCAGAUGCCACAUGCCGCCAGACAACGAAUGGACUGGGGGUGGAGAGGCGUGAGCACGGGCUUCUCAUCCGGCUCUUCAGCCCGCAGGGAUUGGAGUUAGUUUUUCGGCUUUGGCUUGGCGGUUGGGUUGGUGAGAGGGAAGAUGGAAACAUCCGUACAGUCGGCUGCCAAAAAUACGAGAACGACCUGAACAACUCAACCCUUGCAGCCAGCAUCUCUCCAAUCGACGGCCUCAAUCCCGCCACUCCGGGCUGA